AUGGCUUUACCUACACAAGAAAUUAUAGAUAGAAAACUAACCUCUAAGGUUAAUGCUUUAGAAGAAGCUGUUCCCAUGAUUGGUCAGGAACAGACCUCUUUUAAGAAACUUCUGCCUCGUUAUAGCCGAUGUCAAACUGUGGAAGAAGAAGCCAGUAUAAUGGAUCGGCAUAGAAUAUUCUCCCAGAGAAGAUCUUGGCCAGUAUGGAUGGUGAUCCUUUUCUUUCUUGGAGUGACAGCAGUCUUGGGAGUAAAUGGUUUCCUUGUUCAUUUUCUGGCAGUGCGAAAUAUUUUCUAUUACCAAGGUGAUUUUCAUAUUUCUGGAGUUACACACAAUGAUAGUUGUGAAAAUGGAGCUUCACAAGCCAGCACAGAUCUGAACAAAAAUAUAGAGACUAAGAUGUCUGAUGUUUUUAAAAAUUCUAGUAUAUAUAAAGAAUAUAUCAACUCUCAGGUCAUCAAACUUCUGUAAAACAUUUCUGUUGUUUCUUGUCCUGAUCCCAAUGGUUCAAGGGUACAGUUACAACUGACAUUCAAGUUUCCUCCAGCAAAAAGGCACAGCAUGAAGACUGAAAUUGAAGCUAUCUUACAUCAGAUAUUGAAAAACAACAUGGCAUCCUGGAAUGCAGUCCAUACUUCCUUUAGACUCAUAGAAAUCAGCAAGGCUAAUGUUGAAAUGCUUACCAACAACUGUUGUGGAAGACCAGCCAACAGUAUCAUGGCAGGCAACCAAAUUGUGAAUGGGAAGAAUGCCCUGGUGGGGGCAUGGCCAUGACAAGCCAGCAUGAAAUGGAAAGGCCAGCACUUCUGUGGGGCAUCUCUGAUCAGUAGCAGGUGGCUAUUAUCUGCAGCUCACUGCUUUGCUGAGAAAAAUAAUUCAGGAGAUUGGACUGUCAACUUUGGAACUAUAGUAAAUAAACCAUAUAUGACACCAAAAGUCCAAAACAUUAUUUUUCAUGAAAAUUACAGCAGAGCUGUGGUUUUUAAUGAUAUUGUCCUUGUACAGCUUGCUGAAGAAGUCUCUUUUACAAAGUAGGUUCACAGGAUUUGUCUUCCUGAAGCCAAAAUGAAGCUUCCGGAAAAUGCCAGUGUUGUAGUUACCGGACGGGAACACUUUAUGAAUGGUCCUCUUCCAGCGAUACUUCAAGAAGCCUUUGGGAAGGUUAUCGACAACAAAGUUUGCAAUCAUCCACAUUCAUUAUCUGGUCUGGUUACCAACAAAAUGCUAUGUGCUGUGUUUAAGUCAGGAAAAGCUGAUGCCUGUCAGAAUGAUUCUGGUGGACUGCUAGCUUACCCUGACUCUAGAAAAGUCUGGCACCUUGUUGGAAUAGUAAGCUGGGGUGAUGGAUGCGCUAAAAAGAAUAAGCCAGGUGUUUAUACUCCAGUCACUGCUUAUCAUGAUUGGAUUACAUCCAAGACUGGGCUCUGA